AUGGUUCUUACUUCCGUCCUCCACGAUGCCCUCAACACCAUCAACAACGGUGAGAAGGCCGGCAAGCGCCAGGUCAUGAUCCGACCUAGCUCCAAGGUCAUCAUCAAGUUCCUCCAGGUCAUGCAGCGCCACGGCUACAUUGGCGAGUUCGAGGAGGUCGAUGACCACCGAUCUGGCAAGAUCGUUGUCCAGCUCAACGGCCGCCUCAACAAGUGCGGUGUCAUCUCUCCCCGCUUCAACGUCCGUCUCACCGAGCUCGAGAAGUGGGUUGUCAAGCUUCUCCCCGCCCGUCAGUUCGGUUAUGUCAUCCUCACCACCUCCGCCGGUAUCAUGGACCACGAGGAGGCCCGUAGGAAGCACGUCGCCGGCAAGAUUAUCGGCUUCUUCUACUAA